GCAACGCGGUUCAAAACAUUAUUGGUGUCAUGAAUCCAAUGAAAUGUUAAACCGCAACAAAUUAAGUUAGUCCUUUGAAAUAUGUUGCUUGUGGAAAAGCAUUGCUUGCAAUUGUUAAUAGUUUAAGGUGCGUGGCAAUAAAUAGGAUUGGAGGAUACUACUUUAAAGUGUUUUGUCUUAACUCAAGUCUUUACUUCCUUGAGCUGGUCUAAAUCCACCUGCCAGGAUGAGUCGUAAGUGUAAAAACUGUGGUGGAGCAGACAUCGACACAGACCCAGCUCGGGGGAGUGCUGUCUGCACAGCCUGUGGUUCUGUUCUGGAAGAUAAUAUAAUUGUAUCUGAGAUUCAGUUUGUGGAAAACAGUGGAGGAGUGUCUUCAGCUAUCGGGCAGUUUGUGGCUGCAGAUGGUACAUCUAAAGCUCCAGCCUUAGGCAGUGGGUUCCACACAGGUUUGGGAAAGGAAUCCCGAGCUCAGACGCUCCAGAGUGGGAAACGACAGAUACACAACCUCGGCAGCCAGCUGCAGCUAAACCAGCAUUGCCUGGACACGGCCUUUAACUUCUUCAAGAUGGUGGUGAGCAAGCACUUGACGCGAGGGCGAAAGAUGACACACGUCAUAGCCGCCUGCCUCUACCUGGUCUGCAGAACGGAGGGAACGCCUCACAUGCUCCUCGACCUGAGUGAUCUUUUACAGGUUAAUGUGUACAUUUUGGGAAAGACAUUCCUCCUGUUGGCUAGAGAGCUCUGUAUCAACGCUCCAGCCGUUGAUCCAUGUCUGUACAUUCCACGUUUCGCACACAUGUUGGAGUUUGGUGAAAAGACCCAUGAGGUUUCGAUGACUGCCCUCAGACUGUUGCAAAGGAUGAAACGAGACUGGAUGCAUACAGGACGACGGCCGUCAGGCUUAUGUGGAGCAGCUCUGCUGGUGGCAGCCCGUAUGCAUGAAUUCCGUCGCACAGUGAAGGAGGUGAUAUCUGUCGUCAAGGUGUGCGAGGCCACGCUAAGAAAGAGGCUGACAGAGUUUGAGGAGACCCCCACCAGUAACCUGACCAUCGAUGAGUUCAUGCGAGUGGACCUUGAGAAAGAGUGUGAUCCUCCAUCUUUUGUUGCCGGACAGAAAAAACUCAAGAUGCAGCAGCUGGAGCAGGAGUUGGCCAAGAAACUUGAGGAGUACCAAGGUGAGAUCUACUCAUACCGGGAUGCGAUUGAGACACAGCUGGCAGGGAACAGCAGAACCAAACUGAGAGGGAUUUAUGCCUCCUACGCAAGAGAAGUUUCAGAUGACGACUGUGUGUCUCUGGCCUCUGGGCUGACCGGGGACGAUGACCCGGAAGAUGAGGAAAUGGAGGCAGCAGUCCAACAUCUCAACCAAGAGUUCAUCAGUCAGGUGUUGCCAGAGUUUGAGCAGGGUGAUCAGGGAGUAUUGGAGGCUCAGGAUGCGGGUAAGGAAACGGCACAGCUCCCCAGCCGGUCCACACACAUGCCCCUGACAGCUCUUCUCGGCCCUCUGCCCAGUGCAGCCAGCCUGGGUCUUACAGACUCUAUUCGGGAAUGCAUCACAGAGGAGACAACGAAUGCAGAAGAUAAAUCAGACAAUGGGGAACUAGAUCUGGAUGGGAUUGAUGAAGAUGAGAUUCAAAAGUACAUUCUAAAUGAGAUGGAGGUGGAGGCUAAGACAGAGCUGUGGAUGAAACAGAAUGAGGAGUAUUUGAGGGAGCAGAAAGAAAAAGAGGAAAGAAUAGCUAAAGAGAAGGAGCAAGGUACCUAUAAGGAGAAGCCCAAGAAGCCAUCCAAGAAGCGAGAACCGAUCCUGGCCAGCACUGCGGGAGAAGCUAUAGAGAAGAUGUUGGAACAGAAAAAAAUCUCCAGUAAGAUCAACUAUGAUGUUCUGCGAGACCUCAACAGCAAGGGCAGUGGAAGCAACUCUAUGCAACAAGCCGAGGAACCACCCGCCAGUGGCUCCGGACGAAAGAGGUUGACUCGCCGCAAGAAGCAGCCAAACAAAAGCAAUCUCGGUCUGGCCAAACCUGCCAGCCUCAUGGGAAAAAGGCUCCGCCCCUUAAUAUCAUCCACACCAAAGAAGAAGAGAACACCAGCCCUAAUGGUCACACCAAGCAUCACCAUGAUGUUGCCUCCUGCAGCCCCAGAGCCCCCUCCUGCCCCCACCCCUCCCCCAGUGAUGGAGAGUGGGCCUGUGGCAUAUGAGGAACCCGCUGAGGAAGAGGAGGAGAAUGAGGAGGAGACGGAAGAGCCUUGUGUUAGCGCCAUGCAGCUGUUGGGUGGAAAUGACUAUGGCUGUGAAGCUGAAGAAGAGGAGGUAUUCUAGUCUGAAGCAAUUCUCCUAUUCAUCAAAAUCAACUUUGACUAGAUUUCAUCUGCAUUUCAUCUGCUUAAACUCUGUCCCCUUUACCUGUAAAGCAAGAAGACAAGACACAUUUGACAUAGCUAUUAUACAGUAUGUUGCACAUUUAUUAAAGGUCACCCCCGUACCAUGCAUGAUAUGACUCACUGAACUCUGAGUCAGUUCUGUAUGGGAGAAGGUGGCCCGGCAGCUUUAGAAUGACAAACAAACAUUAGGUAAGACCAUUUUAGCACUUUGCCAAUAGUGAAAUGUUCUGCUAUCACUAUAUUGCCCUGUAAAUCCAAAAUGCAGUAAUUACACUAAUACAUUAACUGAGAAAAUAAUGGGGUUUUUUUACAGAAUAAUCUCACUGUAUUUUCUCAGAAACUGAGCAUAGUUGACCUAAACCCAUCUGUCACAGGACAGAUCAUAGUCUAAGACCCGGAUUCGGUCAUAACUCAGUAUUGACAAAAUGUGUUUCUACUACAUUUUGCCUUUUAAGGGCAAUAUAAUGAUUCAAGAAACCAUUGAAGUAAGUUCCUGGCGCUGCCUCAGAUAAUAAGGUGUUUCCCAGUGAAGUACAGUAGCUGGUACUGUAGAAUUUGAAGAUGUAGGUAAUUCUAGGAAGGUGAUGCUGACUUCUGCCCAGCAUGAUAUAAAAGUUGGAUAUAUUAUGUGAGAACGUGUAAGCAAUUUGUUUUGACACCAGUUCCCAUCAAUGUUUAUUUUAAAUAUACAGUAGGAACACCAGUUGGAUGAAAGCUGUAAAUUAAUUAAAUAAUGUCAUUUCAAGUUACAGGAGGCAUACAGUUGCACCGUAUCUCACGAACAACGAGUAGUGUACCAAAACAGUGGAUUAUAAUGGUUUCUUUGAACCAGAGGUAGCCAUUUCUGCUAGUAACACUAGCAGCUUAAUUUGUUUAACUAAUACCAAUUGAUUUUCUGUUUUUGUAGUGUUUUACUAUUUAUGUUGUGGCUAUUUUUAUGAUGUAUUUAUCUGCUGAAACCAGAGGAUAUCAAUGUCUGUAUAUAUGUACAUACAGCAGUAUUUUGUUAAGUGCACUGUUAUAUUUCCUGUUUGCAUUAAAUGGUAAAUGUUCAUAAUUGUUGUUUUCUAGUGAUACAUAUUGAUGUGUAAUAUAAUGUAUUGUACUGCAAUGUUAUGGCUAAAAAUAAAAUAAAAUGUAGAAUUAUUGUUAUUUAACAAUUUGUAUUAUGAGCAGUAAACAGUUAAAUAUACAGGGAAAGACCGCCUUGAUUCUCGGAAGGGAAACUGGUGAUUAGAACAUUUGCAUGAAUGUAAAUAAAUUUGUGUUUUCUUAAAAAGGUUGACCGCCUUGAAACUCCUCUAAAGUGUGUUUGUGUGCAGGUAUGUGUGAAAGGCAUAGUGAGGCAUAAUAAUAGUUAUGAGCACAACAAUUCAGUGCACUCUGAAUGCGUUUGACCUCAUAAGAUGGUCAACCUGAACAAUUUCCAUUUGCCUUUUUAUAUUUUGUUUAAUAUUGUCAAGGCUUACAUUAAUAAUUCAGUUUCCCAGUAGG